AUGACGAGACGCUAUUGCUCAUGCUCAAGACGCAACAAGCAGCAGCGGAUGCCGUCAGGGCCCAGGAAAAAGCCGAUCAAGAUGCACCCAGGGCCCAGGAAAAGGCCGAUCAACGCUGCCAGGGCCCAAGAAAAAAUCGAUGAAGACGCUGCAAGAGCACAGGAAAGAGCAAUCCGUCAACAAGAAAAUCUAGAUCAACAGAACUUAUUCCGACAACUGAUUGCUGCCAUUCCGGCAGCAGCUCCACCAGGAGCGCUGGCAGCUCCAGCCGCAGUUGCGUCAACUAAACUGCUCAAACGUCAAAUCAAGCCGUUCAAAGGGGACGUGCUCGAAUGGACGGCCUUCUGGGAAGGUUACAACGCAGCCGUCCACGAAUCGGCCAUUCCGGCGGUUCAAAAAUUUGGAUAUUUGAAAGAUUACCUGAAAGGCGAAGCACAGCUAUGUGUGGAGAAUCUGGAGCUGACAGACGCAAACUACACCGUCGCAGUGACCCUCCUGAAGGCGAUGUACGGCAAACCGGACGUCCUGAUCGAGGCUCACACCCACAAAUUGGACACGCUGCAACCAGUGAGAGACGUAGCUGAUACAGCGGCACUCAGGUGCUUCCAGCUGACUAUCCAGUCACAUAUCAAAGCGUUGGAGACACUGGGAGUUGCAAGAGCCAGCCACGGAUCAGAGUGGGCCAAAUCAGCAAAGCAUAAGGUAACACCCAUUGAUCAAGUAUUAAAAUUCAUCGAAGAGCAAGUUGAAGCUGCAGAGCGACUCAGCCGUCUGAGAGCUACAACACCAAAGCCGGCCCAAAAUUCUCAACAGCCGGCCAAAUCAACACCACCUACUACACCGACAGCUUCUCAGCUCGGAGUCAGCAGCAAGCCGACUCCACAACCAAAACAUUCAAGCAAAACAAGAAGAAAUGGCAGUCCACCACCAAGGAGACAAGCGACAGCAUCAUCUCCAAGAAAGCCAAUGCUGCCAUGCGUGUUAUGCAAGGAGAUGCAUUGGGCUAUCAACUGCCCAAUGGAAUUGAAAGAGAAAAAAGCAGUCAUCACCAACGAAAAAAGAUGCUCUAAUUGUUUUGGUCAUCACGAGACCACUGUUUGUUUUAAUCCACACAGGUGCCAACGAUGCCGAGCCAAGCACCACACAUCCUUGUGUGCCGAGAAAGAUACCAGAUUCGGAUCCUCAACUAUAAUUCCAAGCAAACUUGUCGCUGGGAGCAGCUCAACAACAGCAUGUGCAAGCUCCUUUGGUGAAGUUAUCCUAAAAACAGCAACCGUUUACAUUACAGGCCCAAAUGGAAAACAAAUCCGAGCGAUUCUCUUCCUCGACGAUGGCAGCCAUAGAACAUGGAUUAAAAGGCAGAUUUCGAAAGAACUUCAACUGAAGAUCAUCCAGGUGGAACAGAUCACGACCAGGGCCUUCCGGCAGACAGAAGCCCCUCCAGCAGAAACUCACAACGUAGUCGAGAUGACGGUGCGGGGCACCUGGCCAGGAGCCCCAACGGUGCGUAUUGAAGCUUUAGAAGCAACCGACAAAGUUGGAAGCACCGGCCCGUACCAAACUACAGAAUUUGCAAGAAAGCUCUGGCUGGAAAAUGAAAAUUUGUCAGACGACCGCUUCGAACGUGAUGGUGGAGACGAGGACGUCGGGAUUCUUGUUGGAAUGGACCAGAUGUUCAACAUCAUGUUCAACAAGCCAGCAACUAUCAGCCCGUGCGGACUCAGAGCCUACACUUCAAAACUUGGAAAAGUCAUCGGCGGUCCAUCACAAGAAAAAUCAUCGAAACAAAGUCAAACAAUUGUCAGUCAACUACUAAUUAAUUCAAACGCUCUCUACCACAAAUCACCUCACAGCCAUCGAAAUUUUUCAACAGCAUCCAACCAGACCAGUCAGAAAGCAGGGAGACAGGAAAUUCCAGUCUCCUUCCACUACCAGAAAAUUCUGAACAGAUCUGCUUUUUCGACAGGACAAAAGAAAACAAAAGAGAAUUUCGCCAAUUUGAACGACUGUGUUGCUGUGGAGAAGGACGAUCAAUUCCGCUCCUUCUGCAACGAAAUCACGCGAUUCGAAGACGGCAGGUAUUGCACGCCAAUCCCAUGGACGACUGACAGAUGGAGACUGGAAAUCAACCACCAGAUGGCAGCUACAAGAUUGAGAAGCAUGCUGUUCAAACUACGCAAAUCUCCAGUCGACUUAGCCAACUACACCAAAGAAAUUAAUCAACUGAUAGCAAACGAAUUUGUAGAAGAGGCUAAUCUUAAUUACGAUGGCCUCCACACUUAUCUACCGCAUCAUUCAGUCUACCGGACGGACAAGGCCACCACAAAAAUUCGACCAGUUUUCGACGGCGCCGCAAGAUCCAAAUAUGGGCCGAGCCUCAACGAUGUUUUGGAGACCGGACCGAAUCUAAAUCCUGAUCUCCUCUCGGUCUUAAUGCGCUUCCGGAUGAACCGGAUCGCCUGGAUUGCGGAUAUUGAAAAAGCAUUCCUCAACAUCGCGCUGCAGCCCGAAGACGCCGAAGCGGUCAGAUUUUUAUGGCCGAGGGAGCCGAAAAAUCCCGACUUCGAUUUCAUCGCAUACAAAUGGAAAAGAGUGCCAUUCGGGCUAAGUUCAAUCAAACCCAGAUUUCAGAAGACAGUCGAACAAAUAGAAGAGCAACUUUACGUGGAUGACUACCUUGGAGGAGCAGACAACGUGCCAACAGCCAUUACCACGGUGGGAGAGACCGUCACGUUAUUUUCAGAGGCCCAACUCAACAUGAGGAGCUGGGCAACAAACAACAAGCAGCUCCGUGACUUUCUCACCGAAAAAGAAAUGUCGAACCAGAUCGUCGGAAUCCUUUCACCCACAAUGGAUGGCCAGCACAAGGCACUGGGUCUUAGAUGGGACACGAGCUCCGAUUCAUUUAAAUUUGACCCUACAUCUAUCAUGGAAGCAGCCGUGGAGAUUGGAGAAAAAAUCACCAAAAGAAAAAUUCUGAGCAUCUCAGCAAGGAUAUUCGACCCAAUUGGUUUUCUAGCUCCCACAGUUUUACUUUUAAAAAUAAUCUAUCAGAAACUUUGGGAAGGAGACAUAGGUUAG